AUGGUCCGUUUCAAGCACCGCUACCUGCUCGUACACCUCCUGUUCCCCUCGCUCGCCCCCGAAGACCCAACCCCGCCGCUGCACGACUCGGACUUGAUCAAGGUCUUGCGAGAGUCGUUGUUGGUCAACUUUGGCGAUUUAGGGGCGGGCACGGUCGGUGGAUUGUUUAGUAGUGAGUUCACGCGCGACGGGUGUCGCAGAGCGUCUGCCCUCCGUGCCCGGGUCGGCCUUCGCAAUCACUCUCAUCUGCUCCUCGCUCGUCUCGCGUAGAAGCGUUCACCGAGAUCUGGACCCAAGCUGAUUCUUCUUUCUUUGGUGUCCAACAGUCAAAUACUUUUCGCCCGCGACGCGCAUGCUCAUCCUCCGCGUCGCGAGGGAACACGCCCAGACGCUGUGGUGUGCUCUGACUCUGUUGCGUCGCUUAGGGGGCCAGACCGUGAUCGCUAGGGUGUUGCACGUCAGCGGUGAGUGAAUCGUGUAGCCCUACUGGCUUCGGCUGGGGGCUCUUCCGAUCUCUGAUGUCGUUUGUGCGGGGCGCCGAACAAAGGUACGAUCCGGAAAACCCAACUCUCGGCCAUUUCGUACGACCGACUGUUGAUUCUCGAAUCGGCUGGGCGUCUCCGGCGCAAAGGGAACGACAAGGAUGCAGACGAGAUUGAAGCGCAGGUUGGGAAAGAUGAAGAGAAGAUCCUAGAGAUGGACGCUUGA